AUGAGAAGGGAGUGCCAUCCAUUGUUAAGGGGAGGGAGAAGGGAUAACAAAUAUAAACAUGGGUUUUCUGAAGCUGAGAUGGAGUCACUAGCUAGCAUAUGUGAGGUUGUGUUGCCUCCUUUGCCAAAGGAUACUCUUAAGAUCAUAAAGGAAGACCAAGCUGAUGAAGAGCCUAACAAGUUUGUGCAAUCCUUCUGGAACAUUUCUGCUUCUGGCUAUCCAAUUCCACAUGAGGUUGCCGAGAUAUUAGUGAAGAGGGGGUUAAUAGAAGCAGUAAUACUGAUUAGAGUGGUUUUAUGGCUGCUAGCAACAAGGCUGGGCACUUUGUUGUUUUGUGGUCUGCUCUGUCUUGGUGGGAAAUGGCCCUUUAUCAACAACUUCUCAAACAUAUCUUUGGAGAAAAGAGAAAAGGUUGUGCAAAGGUGGCUGAAGCAUAGGUUCCUCACACCUAUUAGACUGGCGUUUGCUUACAUCAAAGUCUUGUGCCUCUUUGUUUUUUUCUCUUGGGUUGAUGAAAAUGGUGAAAACCCAGCAUGGAAAGCCAUUGGAUAUGAGGUAUCAGCUGAGGAGAAAUUGACCAACGCCUCCAACACUAGGCCUCUUGAAAAGGGGAUUAUAGAAACCAUGCAUGAAUCUGACUCAACAAUUCUAGAAUCUCUUGCUAAGAAAGGCCUCAGUGUUACACUGGACACCAAAAGCAAUAUCCUCAAAGUGAAAUGUGAUGCACUAGUUGUUGGGUCAGGUUGUGGUGGUGGUGUUGCAGCUGCUGUUCUUUCAAGUGCUGGCCACAAGGUGGUUGUUCUUGAGAAAGGCAACUAUUUUGUUCCUAAGGAUUAUUCAUCUCUAGAAGGGCCUUCCAUGGAUCAAUUAUAUGAAACUGGAGGGAUCCUUGCUUCUGUGGACUCUAGAAUACUGGUUUUGGCGGGAUCAACUGUGGGUGGUGGUUCUGCUGUUAAUUGGUCUGCUUGCAUUAGAACACCACACAAAGUACUGAAAGAGUGGUCUGAAGAGCACAAGCUUUCCUUCUUUUCAAGCCAAGAAUAUCUCUCUGCAAUGGAAACUGUGUGUGAGAGGAUUGGUGUCACAGAUAAUUGUACACAAGAGGGGUUCCAAAAUCAAGUACUGAGAAAAGGGUGUCAAAAUCUUGGCCUUAAAGUUGACUAUGUGCCAAGAAAUUCAUCAGGGAAUCAUUACUGUGGCUCAUGUGGUUAUGGUUGUCCAAAAGGAGAGAAACAAGGGACUCAGGCUACAUGGCUUGUAGAUGCUGUUGACAAAGGUGCUGUAAUAAUAACAGGAUGCAAAGCUGAGAGGUUCUUGUUGGAAAGAAACAGAAGUGGAAAUGGCAGAAAGGAGAAAUGCUUGGGAGUGAUGGCAAAAGCAUUAACCAGCAGGGUCACAAUAAAGCUGCAAAUUGAGGCCAAAGUGACUAUUUCUGCUGGUGGGGCACUUUUAACACCCCCUUUGAUGAUCUCUAGUGGAUUAAAGAAUAAGAACAUUGGAAGGAACCUUCACCUCCAUCCUGUCCUAAUGACAUGGGGAUACUUCCCAGAAUCAAAUUCAGAACUCAAAGGUAAAGUCUACGAGGGAGGCAUAAUCACUUCAGUCCAUAAAGUACCAUCAACAGACCCAAAAUCUGAUUCAAGAGCCAUAAUUGAAACCCCUUUGCUAGGACCAGCAUCCUUUGCUUCACUAUGUCCUUGGGAAUCUGGACUAGACUUCAAAGAAAGAAUGCUAAAUUACCCAAGAACUUCACAUUUGAUCACAAUAAUAAGAGACAUGGCUUGUGGACAGGUAACAACUGAAGGAAGGAUCAACUACAAAUUGAAUGCAAUUGACAAAGAGAAUAUGAAGGCUGGCUUGAAGCAAGCAUUGAGGAUUCUAAUAGCUGCAGGAGCAGUUGAAGUAGGCACACACAGAAGUGAUGGUCAGAGAAUUAAGUGUAGUGGAAUUAGUGAAAAUGAAGUGCAAGAGUUCUUAGAUACUGUGGAUCCAAUGGAGGGAGCACUUUCACCAGGUAAGAAUUGGAACAUAUAUUGUUCUGCACAUCAAAUGGGAAGUUGCAGAAUGGGUAUCAAUGAAAAACAAGGUGCAGUUGAUGAAAAUGGAGAAACAUGGGAGGCUGAAGGCUUAUUUGUUUGUGAUGCAAGUGUGCUUCCAACAGCUGUUGGUGUCAAUCCCAUGAUCACAAUCCAAGCAACUGCAUAUUGUAUCUCAAAUAGAAUAUUAGAUUAUCUUGGAAGGGAUCAAAUGUCAUAA